AUGCGUUUCACCACCGCCACCAUUGCCCUCUUCGCCGGCCUGGCCGCCGCCGCCGUCCAGAACGGUGCUGACACCACCGUCUACGAGACCGACGAGGUGACCAUCACCUCCUGCGCUCCCACCGUCACCGACUGCCCCGGCCGCCAGACCUCCACCCCGGCCGGUGUCGAGCCCACCACCACCCCCGCUGGUGUUGAGCCCACCACCCCUGCCGUGGUCCCCUCCUCCGGCGUCCCCUCGGGCCCUGCCUCCUCUGGCGUUCCCUCGGGCCCCGCCCCCUCGGCCCCGGCUCCCGCCCCCAGCUCCUGGUCGUCCGUCCCCGCUCCCCCCGCGGUCACCCCCGUCCAGUCCUGGAGCCAGACCGUCAUCACCAGCUGCAUUCCCACCGUCAUCACCACCUCCGUCCCCGUGAUGUCCACCCCCACUGGUGCCUCCCCCGUCGGCCCCGGCUCUGGCGGCAACGGCGGCGUUCCCCACGCCCCCUCUUCCUCCGUUCCCUCUGCUAGCGGCACUGCCUCCGCUACCCCCUCCUCCACCCCCGUCUACAACGGCGCUGGUGCCGUCUCCGGCUCUCUCACCUUCGCUGGUGCUGCUGCCGCCGCCGCCUUCUUCCUGGCUUAA